AAGGCAGAGGAUCAGCUCCUGCUGUUCCUCACUCAGAGUAUCAAGGUGCUGAAGCAGGCAGAGCACCUGAUGGCAUCCAGGAUCACCCUGCUGAACCCUCAGCUCACAGCACCUCCCCUGCAUGGGGAUGAAAUUCAGUGUCCAAGCCCCUCUCUGCUGCUGGGGCUGCUGAGGGAGGUGAACGCUGAGCUCCGAAGGCACGCGGUGGCAGCUGGGCUGGGACAGAGCCAAGGGCUGCAGAAAACAGAAGUCUCUGCUGAGGAAGGAGAGCUGACAGCAGUGGAUCCUGCAGCCCUUUCUCCCAGGGAGUUUGUGGUGUUCCAGUACGGCCUCUCCAUCCUAAAAUUCCUCACAUUUCACAUUCAAGCUCCAGAAAUCUCCCUGGGUGUUGCCUCCAGCCUCCCCCCGAGCCAUGCCCCAGGCAAUGCCUUCAGGAAUUAUUUCUUCUAUCAGCAUUCCAAGAGGAAACUGUUCAUCCUGAGGGAGUGCCUGGGCUCUGGGGGAAGGUUCCUGCUGCUCCUGCUGCACUGCUUGGCUCAUGUCACUGCUGGGGACCUGAGCCACGACACCCAGCCCCUCUUCCUGGGGCUCUUCCACCAGGCUGUGCAGGCCUGUCUCGGUGAGCUGCUCUCCCUCAGGCUGCAGCUCUCAGCAGCUGCCCAGGGGGAAAAAACCCAGGGGAUAAAGCAGAUUCUGCUCAAGGAGGAACCACUCUCCACUGAGGAAAUAAAUCUGAUCUCCCAGCUUGUGGAUAUGAGAGUGAAAAACCUCACAGAGAUGGAAGCCUUUGAGAAGAACCUCCUGCUCCGGGUGAAAUCUGAGGAAUCACUCAACAGCAAGUGGCUGGUGAAGGAAAAAGAGAAUUUCCUUCAGCCCCUGAGCAGCAGUGGAAGGGACAGCCUUGUACAGAGGGCACACCUUGAAGAAGAAACUGUAAAUUCCUCAUCCCCCUCAGAACUGCAGGAUAAAGUGGAUUUAUUAACUGAGGAGCUGGUGCAGAUUCUAGAGGAUGAGCAGCAGUUUUUAAGCAGUGAAGGCAAUGAAGAUCUGCUCUCUUAUUACCUUGAAAUCACCAGCCUGGAGAAGGAGAGUUUGGUAAAACAAAUAAAUGCUUUAGAAGAGGAAAUAGCCCAGGGCAGAAAAUUGUGAUGCUCAAAACUUUGUGUUUGGUUCCUGCUGCUCUGCUUGGGCACCAGGCUUCAAUCCAGAGUAAAUCC